AUGGUCGGCAAGAGAGAUAUUAGCGCUUUGCCCACCUCGUUUUCCCCGCUCGUCGCCCUCGCUUCCCCCGCCCGUCGCCCUCGCUCUUCCCGCCCACCGCCUUCGCCGCGCCCGUCGCCUCGCUUCUUCCCCGCCCGUCGCCUUCGCUAUCCCCGCCCGCCCUCGCUUCUCCCCCCGUCGCCCUCGCUUCCCACGCCCGCCGCCUUCGCUUCCCCCACCCGUCGCUCUCGCCCCUUCCCCCCCUACCACCCUCGCCUCGCGGGUCGCCAUCGCCGCCUCCCCGUCCGUCGCCCUCGCUUUCCCCGUCCGUCUCCCUCGCUUUCCCCCGUCCGUCGCCCUCGCUUUCCCCCUCCCGUCGCCCUCGAUUUCCCCCUCCUGUCAACCUCGCUUUCCCCCUCCCGUCGACCUCGCUUUCCCCCUCCCGUCGACCUCGCUUUCCCCCUCCCGUCGACCUCGCUUUUCCCGUCCGUCGCCCUCGCUUUCCCCGUCCGUCGCCCUCGCUUUCCCCCGUCCGUGGCCCUCACUUUCCCCCUCCCGUCGCCCUCGCUUUCCCCCUCCGGUCGACCUCGCUUUCCCCCUCCCGUCGUCCUCCUUUUUGCGGAGGCCUCUUUCCCCCUUCUCACUCUCUUCCCCCCUCCUCACUCCAUUUCCCCCUGCUCACUCUCUUCCCCCCUCCUCAAUCUGUUCCCCCCUCCUCAAUCUGUUCCCCCCUUGUUCACUCUCCCCCCUUCCUCACUCUGUUUCCCCCUGCUCACUCUCUCCUCCUCACUCUAUCCCCCCCCUUGCUCACUCUCUUAG